AUGCUGCCUUUGAAGCCGCGCGAAGUGCCUUUUGACCUGAAAGAUACGAUUACCCAGACCGAACUCAAUACGUUUACCAAUUUGGCCGAAGUGUUGCGUUUCCGUGGUACCCAACCUUCUCUUCGAGACUCGAUCGCUUUCACCUUGGUGGAUGCCAAGGGCAAGGAACCGACCACAUUAACCUGGGACAAGCUGAAUGCGAAAGCUCAGAAAUUGGCGAUCCAAAUCCGCGAUCGAUCUAAAGUGGCCUUGGGCGAUCGUGUGGCGCUCAUUUAUCGGAAAUCAGAGGUGCUGGAUUUCAUUGUUGCCAUGUUUGGCUGUUUCUUGGCCGGCGUGGUGGCCGUGCCGAUCAACGCGGCCGAAGAUUUGUCCGAAUUAUCCUUCAUUCUUAACCUGACGAAUGCCACUCUCGUUUUGACAACGGAUCAUAAUCUGCGCGCAUUUAACAAGGAUAUGCAAUCGAGAUCCAUUGAACUCCCGGGCAACAUUGAUUGGUGGAAAACUAAUGAUAUCGGGACCUGGUAUCCUCCCAAGAAAAAGUCCGAGUAUCCACCCAUCAAGCUACCCGAGUUGGCUUACAUCGAAUUUGCCAAAGCGCCCAAUGGAGAACUCAAAGGGGUCACAGUAGCGCAUCAAACCAUCAUGUCCGAAUGUAAAGUCUACCAAGCGGCCGUGACGGAAACCAAUGUGACAUUGAACGAUCAGGAAGGAGUCACCCUCACUCCACAAUCAAAAUCAGGGCGUCCUUCGGCGGAUUGUCUCGUAAGCUAUCUCGAACCACGACAACAGAUCGGAUUGGUCGUAUCUGUUUUAUGCACAAUUUUCAGUGGCAAUCACUCCGUGUUCACCAGUGCCAGUGUCAUUGACACCCCCGCCGUCUGGAUCUACAUCUUAUCCAAAUACAAAGCGACGAUUGCUUUGGCAGAUUAUCCUUCGCUAAAGUUUGUGACGCAUUUCUAUCAGACGCGGACAAAGGAGGUGCUUCAAUACAGCAAAAAGAUUGUGCCUGAUUUGUCGUCAUUGCGGUUUCUAUUUGUGGAUACGAAUGUGGUGAAACCUGAUCUGGAUGAGUACAUUGCCGACAAAUUGCUCACGCCUCUUGGCAAUACGGAUAAUCCCUUGGAAGUGGUGUGUCCCGUCAUCUCGCUGGCAGAACAUGGCGGGUUUAUUCUUAGUUUCCGGGAUAAUUUGGGUCCCGCACGAUUGGAAGAGUACGUCAUACAGGAAGAAAAAGAGGAUGGUUCGGACAAACCCCUCGUGACCACGCGAUCCGCUUUAGCGACCGGACAUUCCAAAGAUGUGUGGCAAUGUUUACUGGAUGUGGAAGCGUUGAAAAUGAACAAAGUGGUGGUCGUGGCCGCCGGCGACGAAGCCCGCAAAACUCAGAACAUGAAUGAACCGGGCCGUGUUCGUGUAGGUUCGUUUGGAUUUGCCAUUCCGGAAGCUACCAUUGCCAUUGUUGACCCGGAUACCACAACGCUUUGCCCGCCAGAUACCAUUGGGGAGAUCUGGAUUGAUGCACCUUCCUUAUCGGGCGGUUUUUGGGCACUGGCGAAACAUACCGAGGCCAUCUUUCAUGCACGACCUAUUAUUGUACCACCGGAUACAUUUUAUCCGGAGCUGUAUAAUCAAGAAUUUCUGCGCACUGGAUUGUGUGGCACCAUGAUCGGGGGACGAUUGGUCAUUUUUGGCACAUACGAGGAUCGUAUACGUCAACAACGUCUUGGUGCGACCCUCGGCAUCGAAGAAACUCACUUUACGUCGGACAUUGUGGAAACUCUCAACAAGCGAGCGCGUAUCGAACAAUGUGCGGCGUUUGAGAUCACGGUCAAUGAUCAGCAUAUGCCCAUUGUCGCCUGUGAAUCAUCGCUUGAUCGGGCCGAAUUGCGCCAAGUCGCUGGCGACAUUGAUGAAGCAUUGCUUGAAUACAACGGGAUCCGUGUGUAUGCCGUAUUAAUGGUAGCCAACAAUGCGUUACCGCGUCAUUUGAAACACGGUCGACGACAAAUUCAUGCCCUGAUGGUCAAACGCGCGUUCAUGGCAGGAAAAUUACCCAUUCGGUCGGUAAAGAUGGAUGUGGAUCGAACCGUAUUUAAUUUGGGCAUGGCCGAAGAUCCUACGGUCAACAUCUGGCAGACAUCGGCAGCUUACGAUACCGCCAUCCGAACUGGCUUGCUUCCACCGGUGCCUCGUCAACAGCAUACCGGGAUCGAGCCUGUAGAGAAAGUGGUGGACGAACGGACGGAACUGGAUCUGGCUCAAUUCACCAAUAUUAUUGAUGUACUUCAAUGGCGCACCAAACUGUACCCUGAAGAAACGGCGUUUGUGUCAGUGACGCAUUCCAACAAUGGGACCGCCAACACCAAAGCUUACUCGUGGCGCAAAAUGAAUACCAAGGUGGUGUCGGUGGCCAAUUACCUUUCCAAGAAAGGAUAUAAACGAGGACAUAAAGCGCUGAUUCUCAUGCCGUACAGCGUGGAAUGGAUUUAUUGUAUCUAUGCCUGUUUUGUUCUCGGCAUCAUUGCUGUCCCCAUUGAACCCCCGGAUCCGCAACAGCAAUCGCAACGUAUCAAAGAGGAUGUGCUCUCGUACAUUGGCGCAGCACGUGAACUGGGCAUCGAUUUCACCGUUGUCAAUUCUACUUCCGACGAUAUGCUCAAAAGUAAAACGGUGCAUCCAAUUUUGAAGCAGGAAGUGCAUAAAUACAAAUCGUACAAGUUGCCUGACACCGUCAAUAUCUCCAAAGCGUCCCGUACCGACAAGCUGCUAGGCAGGGAAAGUGGAUGGUCUGUCCGAGCGGAAUGGGCCAAAAACUACAGUGUACCUUGCAUGAUCUCCAUCCAGUAUGGAGCAGAUGCCACCAAGUUUUACAGCUACCUGAACCAUGCGACGAUCAUGAACCAGUGCCGAACGCAAAAGACCACUUGUCAGAUGAAGCCACCCCGUGGAUUGGUCGCUACUGGUCUUGGCGGAUUUGAUGGUUUGGGGCUCUUGCACUCUGUUUUCUGCGGUGUCUAUGUUGGAUGUGUCACAGUGGUUAUCCCACUGGCUGAAUUUUAUGUUAAUCCAAUGACGUUUUUCGAAAUGUUGCAACGCUACAAAGCCAAGGAUGUGUUUGUCAACCAAGCAUUGAUGCAAUAUGCCAUGAAUCGCAUCACGCCAGCUGAAACUCGACGCCUGUCGCUGCAAGCGGUGCAGAAUUUCAUGUUGGCCGUGAAUGGGACUCCGAACCCGAUUCUCUAUCAACAUGUGGCUCGAUAUCUGGCUGGAUGUCGAUUACCUAAAGGCGUCAUCAAUAAUGUAUAUAGUCACUUUGCCAAUCCAAUGGUGACCACGCGGUCCUAUAUGCUGCUGGAACCGUUGCCGUUACUUGCGGAUGCGGUGUGGCUUCGACAGGGCAUUAUUCGGACCUUACCUCCGGAAGACGAACCUUUUGGCGUGUUAUUGCAUGAUUCAGGCAUUGUUCCUAGCAAUACCAUGGUAGCCAUUGUGAAUCCUGAAACACAAACCUUGUGUCCGAGUGGCAUGAUUGGCGAAAUCUGGGUGGCGUCUGACAGCAAUAUUCGAUCUUUCCAUGGACUGGAAGAAAACGCACGACUGGCUACCUUUGAGUGUUCGAUUGCCGGUACGGAUCCUCGGAUCAAGUAUAUGCGGACCGGAGACCUUGGGUUCUUGUGGAACGUGCAACGACGCGUCAACAAUGCAUCAACAAUGAUGGAAGAAGGACAAUGCUUGUUUGUGCUGGGAGCGAAAAGCGAAAAGAUUGAACGCAACGGCUUGGUAUACUUCCCUUCAUUUGUGGAAAGUAGCAUUGAACGUAGUCAUCCGGCUCUUCAACCUGGCGGAAGUGUUAUAUUGCAAAUAGCGAAUGAAAUCAUUGUGAUUGCUGCCAUUAAAUCGAGCGAGAAUGCGGUUUCCGCGGUGCCAUUGAUCGUCAGCGCGGUAUUGGAAAAACACGCUUUCCUGAUAGACACGGUGGUGAUGAUCCCAAGCCACCAACUUCCCCGUUCACGAUUUGGCGAUAAGCAACGAAAGAAAACGCUGGCGUUGUAUACAGAAAAGAAGCUGUCUGCCAUUUACGUGAAACGUAUUACGAAUCAACACGAGCCACUUUCCAUGCCUGAAUGGUCACAAUCUCAGCUCUCCUUGGAUUACGAUACCAUGUCGGUCAGAACGAGACCCUUGUCCAUUGGUACUCGUUCCAUUGCCGAAACGGCCGUCGAUUCAGAUCACAGUCACCUCCCACGACAACAAGAGCCAAUUGGCAAUCAUCGCACCUCGCUUCCUAGUACGCCGUCCAAACAAAUGUCAAUGUCAUAA